AAAAUGGCAUACUCGGCUUUCCAUAGCGUAGAGCCAGUUCCGCGAUCACGUGACCAGGGGGAAACGAACGCGCGGCACUUAGUAACUCAAACAGUUACUUCACCUGGCUAAAAUGUGAAUUUUCUUUACGUUUGAAGGGGUUGCUUUCAUUUCCAAUGCUAUCUUCUUCGACAGUUCAGUACUACUGAUGUAUAGCAGUGGUCUAACUGGGUACAAUGCAGACUAACACCAGAAAGCCUCAUCCAGUGAAGCUCCGACCAAACACUGUAAGUGCUGCUGGACCAUCUAAGCAAGUCUGCAAAGGUCACACUAGAAAGGUUCCUUAUAGGGUUGGCUACAGCUGGAAUAAAGGCGGAAGACUCAAGGAACUGAGGAUAAGGCACUUGGCAAGAAAGUCUCUGAAGAUAUGGAUCCAGAGGACCUUUGGCCGUGUUCUUCCUCAUAAAGCAAAGUUCCACUAUAACAGCGUGGUCCUAAGACGAGCCUUUGAAGGAUGGAGGGAUGAGUGGUGGACCUCCAGGAGGGAGUGGAGUCUUAUCAUGCGGGCAGAGUGUCACUACAGGUAUUAUCUGUGCAACUUGGUGUUCCAGCAAUGGCGGAUUUUUGUGUCACUACAAAGAGAGAAGAAAUGCAAACUCCAAAAAGCUCGGUUAAUUGCUGACAGGCAGUGGAUGCGUCAAGUUUGGAACUGCUGGGAGGUUUUUACAGACAUGAAACGCAUAAAGAAAAAGAUGCUGGAAUCAGCUCUCGAGCUGAACAAACUCACAACUCUGCAUUCUACAUGGAGAUUGUGGCAGGUAAGGCUGCAGCAGCGUCAUGAGUUUUACACUUUAGAGGACCAAGCUGUAAAACACAGGCAGCUAACCUUAAAGCACAAGUCAUGGCUUCUGUGGACAGAGAUGCACACAGCAGCUCUGGAUCAGAAAGAGAAGGAAUCCAAAGCUUUGCUCCACUUCACCCUCAGCCUGAAGAGAAAAACAUUGCAUCAGUGGAAAUGUUCUGUGUCUUGUAUCCAAACUAAGAAAGCGUCUCAAGCUGUUGCUCUGCAGGCUUAUCAUUAUCAUCUGUUGAUGAUGUGUUGGAGUGAGUGGAAAAGCGCAUUGCAUCGCAAACAGAGCGAGGAGGACCAGCUGCAAGCUGCAGGACAUUUGGCUGUACAGAGCACCAAGCGCAGAGCAGUGCACCGCUGGAAAGCUUAUGUGGCUUUAUGCAGAGAAAAAGCAGAAAAAGCCAAGAUUGCAAGUCAGCAUUAUCACCAUCACCUGCUGCAUGCUGGUUUUCAUGGAUUUUCUCUUAAUGUCACCAUGAAACAAACACAACGACUAAACAACAACAUGGCCAUCCAACAGUACCAUCAAACUUUGACCACCAAAUAUUGGAGGCUGUGGCAGGAUCGCAUUGAGCAGGCAGAAGACAGAAGUUAUAAACAGCUUACAGAAAUGGCACUGACUAAGCACAGCACAUCCCUUCUGAGCAGCUGGUUUCAGCACUGGAGAGAGAAGCAUGCAGAACAAAGACACAUGCAGGAAAUGGAGCAUCGUGCAGACAUUUGUUUUGCUGAACGUAUUUUACCUCGAUGUUUCAACUCGUGGGUCGAGUUCACUCUACAGAGGAGACUCAAUAAGCAAAGGAAGCAUAAGGCAUUAGUCUUUAAUCAGCAGCGUCAGUACACAUGGGUGUUUUACACCUGGUGGGGACGAUCGGAGCAGCACAAGGAGCAGAUGCUUUCUGAGCGAAUGGCAAUCCUGCAUGAGGAGCGGAGCUGCCUGCAGAGAUCCUGGAGUCACUGGAGGCAGCGUACAAAGCAGAGGAUCAUUGAGGAGGAGAAAUGGGAAGCUUCAGAGCGUCUGUACAAACACAGACUGCUUCAUAAGACGAUGACUGAGUGGAAGGACAACAGCAUGGAGAUACGAGACAGGAGAAAUCGGGAACAGCAGGCUUGUCAUCAAGGCGAUGUGUGCUGCAUGAGAUGGGCCGUGGACAAAUGGAAGAAGUAUGUUCAUAGCCAGCGGGUGAUGAAAAGCAGAUUGCAGCAGAUGCAGCGUUUUCAUGAAGUGAAACUUCUCAAACACACAUUUGAGGCUUGGAAGAAACGUACCCGUCAGAUGUUUCAGCUCUGUGGUCAUGCAGAGGAACUCUACAGACAACAAAAAGAGAACUUCUGCAGGAAGGUCCUGUAUGUUUGGAGGGAGAACGCUGUGCUGAUGGCAGAGGUCAGGCUCAUGGAGCAAAGAGCACAGAGUCACUUUGAGCAUGUCCUUCAGUUUAAGGUUUUUCUGUCCUGGAGGGAAGCAACACAACAUGCAGUGUCAAGGCGCCACCAGCAGAGGGAGACAGCCAGCAGGGCACAGAGGUCUUUAAAUGAAGUGCGGCUGCUGCGGUCAUUGAGACACUGGAGGAAGCAGACCAGGGCAGCUCGGAGGGAGAGGAUCUGCAUGGAAAAAGCCAGAAAGCACCACGAGUCCAAGCGUCUCUCUAAAGCAGUGAAAGCCUGGAAAGAGCAUCACUACCAGUGUUGCAAAAACAAGGUAAUGAAACGACAGGGGAUUUUGUUGCUGAGGUUAAAGAUGUACCAGACAUACUUUGAACAGUGGAGAGUGAAGCUGCAGCACAGACGGAGAGAAGCCCAGCAGACUGAGCGAGCACUCUGGCACUGGUCCCUCUCUCUCCAGGCCAAGGUUUUGUGUGGUUGGAGACUCUGGGCCUUAGAGCAGCGCAGGAAACAAGAGCAGGUGGUCCAGGCUGCACAGGUGUACAGAGACCAGCUGCUUAGGGAGGGCGUGACGUGCAUCCUCACCUACGCUGCUCACAUGAACGAUCUCACAAAGAACCUCACACAACACAGCCAGGAGCAGUCCGCUCGUGUCCUGCAGAAGUCGCAACGUCUCCACAGAGUGGUGAGGCGCUGUGCUCUGCGGUGGAAGCAGCAAGCUCUGAACAAACCACAGAGAGAACAAGAGGUCAAAACUCAGCCGCCUAAGAAGAGUGUGACCUUCAGUUUGACUGAAACAAAGAGUGUUUCCUCGUCUGACUCAGGGGAGCAGGAAGCUGAAGAUGGAGAGCUAAGCCAGCUACUGCUUAGCCGUACGCAUCGACGCCAGCCACACCGCUGUGAGGAACUGUUUAAAUCUCCAGUCAAGAUGAACUCCUGGAUGUAUUCUGUCUCCACUGGUGCUGCUCUAAAACCCUCACAGCUCAAUCCAGAGGAGACUGGUCACACAGUGUUGUUCAACAUCCCUUCUGCUAACGGCCCAGUCACCUCCAUACAUCAGAGUGCCACCAUAUCUAAUCUGCCAACCUCUACAACUCAGGUUUCAACUAAAAACUGUUCUCAGGGGAACCAAGAUGUUCUUUUACCGCCCUCUGCUUUCAUGACCUUUGGGACUGAAGACACGUUUGGGGGUGUUCCACUCAUUCCUCCUUCUAAACAACAAUCACCAGUCCAUCCCGACAAACCACAAGGAGCAGCCAGAGGAGUAAGUCUAGAGGAAGCAGUGAUGGAUUCAACAUCCACUCUGACCGGAGAACUCCUCAGCAUCCAGCUUGAUAUGAAGAUGUACCAACAGGACAGGAAGCAGCUAAGGGCUUGGCAGAAACUUAGAGGAGUGUUGCAAAGUUGGCUGCAGACCAGUGGAAAGGAGGAAAAAAUGGAAAGGACAGCUGUUUGUGAAGAGUUAAAGGAACUGGAAGAGCGCAUCCACAGAUUGUCAGCUGAGCUGGGAAAACGGAAACCAACGAUGCUGCUUCAUGCAGAGAGGAUCCAGCACUUACAGACUGUCCUUCAUGCUUCAGGGGUCCCUCUUCUGUUUAAGAAAGCAGAAGAUGAACUGUGUUUGCUGCGUGAUGCUCACACACACCAGGAAUGAUUGCAGCUGUGUUUUAUUCGGACCGUUGUUUACCUACAUGUAUCUUCUAAUAACAAAGACUGACUCAAGAAUCACCAGCUGCCAAAGAUCUGGCUCAUAUUUUGUUUGUAAGAUUUCACAUCUGUACCUCAUCUGCUUCCAAAAUGUGUUAACUUCCAAAAUAUUUUCGUGUUAAAUAUCCUGUAGAAUUAAAAAUGACUGUUUCCAGAUUCAUAAAAGUCAAAUUCCUUACAGCAGCUCCCACUGCUACAUCCAGUCUUCAGAUUUACAGAAACUAAAGCUAGAGGUCGUCCUUGUAACAGAUGGUGCUAAAUAUGAUCCAUAUGUGGGAAAGAGUGACUUAACUGUUUUGUGAGGAGCUGGCCUUGCGCAAUACACAUUUUCUUUUUAUCCCUCAGUUCAAGUGUCUCUAAACUCUGAGACGUCAGUGAAAGAGAACCAAGGAUUUGAGACUAACAGAAAGGACAGCUGUGUUGUUCUCUGCAGGUUCCAUUUGACAGUUUGUUACUGUAGAGCAAAAUGAGAGGAAUUAAUUCCAUUUUGCUGUUUUUCAUCCUUGUCUGCUGCAUCAGGGGUAAGUUUGAUACUAAAUUAGUUUGACUACAUCAUUUAUAUGGACAUUUUUACCUAUUUUGUAAAAUAUUAUUUUAUCCUUUUGUUGAUGUAACAGUUUUAAAAUAAAGUUUGUGGACUUGUGUGUAAGUUAUUUAACUGAUUCAAACAUUAAAAAUUUUCUGAAAUCCUAAA